UGAUGAUGGUGGCCAUGAUGGUCACCUGCAGCUCUCUGCUCCUGCUGGGUCUGGCCGCCGCCCACGCGUCCUCCAGCACCAUGACCCGCACCUCCUCUUCAUCUUCAUCCUCCUCCUCCUCCUCUUCCUCUUCCUCCUCCUCCUCUCCACGUAUGAAGCUGUCAUACAAAGAGCUGCAGCAGUUCCAUGGCGUCCGUCGGUUCGAGCUGGAGCGUUCCUGCUGCUUCAGCGCUCUGCUGUUGGAUGAAGAAAGAGGCCGUCUCUUCGUCGGGGCCAAGAACUUCCUACUGUCACUCUCAUUGGACAACAUUGCUAAACAGGAGCACAAGAUCUACUGGCCGGCCCCCGUCGACUGGAGGGAGGAGUGUAACUGGGCUGGUAAAGACAUCACAUCUGACUGUGUGAACUACGUGAAGAUCGUGCACCACUAUAAUCGCACCCACCUGUACGCCUGUGGAACCGGGGCCUUCCACCCGACCUGUGCAUUCGUAGAGGUGGGACACAGGAUGGAGGACCAUGUGUUCAGGAUUGACCCGUCUAAGGUGGAAGAUGGGAAAGGGAAGAGUCCAUACGAUCCUCGUCACAAUGCUGCCUCAGUGCUCGUCGGUGAUGAGCUGUAUGCAGGUGUGGCCACAGAUUUAAUGGGGCGUGACUUCACCAUCUUCAGAAGUCUGGGGAAACGCCCUUCCAUUCGCACCGAGCAGCACGACUCACGCUGGCUCAAUGAACCAAAGUUUGUUGGUUCCUUCUGGGUCCCGGAGAGUGAAAACCCUGACGAUGACAAGAUCUUCUUCUUCUUCCGUGAGACAGCGGUUGAGGCCCAGGGACUUGGAAAGUCCACGUACUCCCGCAUCGGACAGCUCUGCAGGAAUGACAUGGGAGGUCAGCGGAGUCUGGUGAACAAGUGGACCACGUUCCUCAAGACCCGUCUGAUCUGCUCCGUACCAGGAGCCGACGGCAGCGACACGUACUUUGACGAGCUGCGUAAGUUCGCCUCACCGUGCGAUGUGUUCCUGCUGCAGACGAAGGACAGAAAGAAUCCUCUGGUGUACACUGUCUUCUCUACGUCCAGCAGUGUAUUUAAAGGCUCAGCUGUGUGUCUCUACUCCAUGAAUGACAUCCGGAGGGCCUUCCUGGGGCCCUUUGCUCACAAAGAGGGGCCCAACUACCAGUGGGUCCCCUUCCAGGGAAAAGUCCCCUACCCCCGCCCAGGAAUGUGUCCCAGUAAGACGUUUGGCAGCUUCGAGUCUACGAAGGGUUUCCCGGAUGAUGUGAUCCAGUUCGCCCGUCACCACCCUCUCAUGUACAACCCGGUUUACCCGAUGAGCCGGCGGCCUGUCUUCGUCAGGACUAACGUGGACUACAGCUUCACUCAGAUCGCUGUGGACAGAGUCAGCGCCGCCGACGGACAGUAUGACGUCAUGUUCAUAGGAACAGACAAAGGGACGGUCCUCAAGGUGAUCAAUGUCCCCAAGGAGAGCUGGAACAACAUGGAGGAGCUUCUGCUGGAAGAGCUGGAGGUCUUCAAAGAUGCGUCAUCCAUCAUCAACAUGCAGAUCUCAUCAAAACGGCAACAGCUGUACGUGGGCUCUGACACCGGCCUGGCGCAGGUUCCUCUCCACCGCUGCAGCGUGUAUGGGAAGGCCUGCGCCGAGUGCUGCCUGGCCAGAGACCCGUACUGCGCCUGGGAUGGAACAUCCUGUACUCGCUACCUGCCCAACACCAAGAGACGUUUCCGUCGACAGGACGUGAGGAAUGGAGACCCCAACACUCUCUGCUCUGGAGACCACCAUAAGCACCGUGUGGCAGAGAGGAAGCUGUAUGGAGUUGAGGGAAGCAGCACUUUCCUGGAGUGUAUCCCCAAAUCCCUUCAGGCCAGAGUCACCUGGACCUUCCAGAAACAUCCUCAGAACCCCCGAGAAGAGGUGCGUCUGGACGACCGCAUCCUCCAGACCGACAGAGGCCUUCUCAUUCGCAGAGUCCUGAAGAGAGAUAUCGGCCUCUACCAGUGCCACGCCAUGGAGCACGGCUUCACCCAGACCUUACUCGGCAUCACCUUGGAGGUUGUACCUUCAACGUCCUCCUCAGUCUCCAACCUUCCCUCUGAUGCCCCUGUCCGGUUAGACCCCCGCAGCGGAGGUGGGCCUCCGAUGACCAAUCAGAAGCUUUGGUACCGGGACUUCAUGCAGCUGGUGGACCAUCCCAACCUGAGCACCGUCGACCAGAUUUGUGAGCAAGUGUGGGCACGCAAGAACGCCGGCAGUGACCUGGCGGACAAGGUGUUUCCUGCUCCAGGGAAGGACGUGCCGCCUCUGGGCCCCGCCAUCCGCCCAGCCAACAAGAAGUGGAAGCAUCUUCAGGAGAUCAGGAAGGGGAGAAACCGCCGGACCCACGACGGGAAACCAAACCCUCGCGCUCCUCGCAGCGCCGGAGAGUAACGGCACGGAGAAAGAUGGAGGGAGGAAAGAACUGAUACAGGGAGAGAGGAGGAGAACGACAGAAAGAGACUGAGACCA